GUGAAACAGUGUAAGGGAAUCUAGCGGGACUGUAACGAUUUCGGAUCGUACGAUAUACGCAAGUGUGAACGAAAUGAUGCAAUCAUCCAACGCCCAUACGGAAUUUCGCGGCCAUUCGGCGUUCAGACGUCGACUGGGAGCAGACUCGAGCGACGGAAUGCUGCGAAAUCUGCUCAAAUCGGCCCAAGAAAAGCUUGGUGCAGGCUACAAACUUGACGUCAAACAACAGCAGUCGAUGGGACGCGACAUGAGCCAAGAAGAGAGAAAGAAACGAGGAAAGGAGCUGGACGACGGGUUUUUCGAGGGUUAUGCUGACACCAUUGACAAGCAUGACCGAAUUCAAGCUGAGCGACGACAAAGGGGCGACAAACUAAUUGAAGACGAUUCGAGUGGCAAUGGAAGUGAUCAUCAGAGUUUUUCAGGAGAUCGCUUCUCUGCUGUUCCUGAAGAGGCAGAACGAGAGGAGUUAUAUCGGGUACUACUCAGAUGUAUGCAUCAUCAAGUCAUUGCAAGUGACAAGUCAACAACAGCCAAUCUUCAUUCUUACAUGCAGAAGGUCUUCAACGUGACUGAACAACAGCACUCUGUUUGGAUGGCUGAUGAGAUACAAAUGGCAAAACCUCCUCAGCAAUUUCUGCGUGUGUCUGUUAUAAAGGGGAGAAAUCUACCACCCAAAGACUCAAACGAUUUGAGUGAUCCGUUUUGUGUACUUGGUUUGGUGACACUGCCGCCUGGUUAUCUUGACGGGAAGAGAAAAACAAGAAAAUUGCAGAAACUAGUGGAGGACAAGAAAAGCUUGCACACCACACAUGUUAUUAGCGAAACUCUUAAUCCGGAAUGGAAUGAAACCUUUCUAAUAAAUAUUAACCUUGACAGUAUACAGAAGCAAGUUCUGCAGAUCGACGUUUGGGAUUCAGAUGAAAACGUCAAGUCAGUCAAAUCAGCAAUGAAAGCCGAGGUGAAAAGUGGCAUGGGUUUCUUCAGAUAUAUUGGUCAAGUUGGUGAGUCGAUGGUCGGUGGAGGGAAACUUGAUUUUAUGGGCCGCACAUUCAUUCACUUGCAAGACAUACCUGCUGAGGGAGUCGAGAAAUGGUUUAAGAUCGUCGACAAGAAACAGCGGCCACUCGAUGGAAGUCUGCAGCUUAGCCUUCGUUUUGUUGCUCAGCAGUUGGCAGCUCAUCGUUCUGCAAGCUUUAGGAAUGAGUUUAGUAGACACGUGAAAAUGCACCAGCUGUUUUCGAGUUAUGAGUGCAGUGAGUUUAUUGAGCAUGGUGGACUCAAGUGGAACAUGCAACUGAGCAAUGCUGCUAAACACCUACUUCAUGUACAUGCUAGUCAGCACAGCUUCACUUCCUUAGAAGAAGCUCUCUCAAACUGGAUUGUUGUUGCUGCGCAUCAUGAGAGGCAUGACGUUGAUUACAAAUAUAUGAUCAACGUAGUGGAUAUACUGCAACAAGAAUGGAAUGCAGUUUUAGUGAAAGGGACAAGAGAACAGGACGUGCUAGAUGCAGCAACAAUUGAGUUGUUUGUCGAGUCGUGUGAUCGGUUUCAUCAGUGGUGCUUUCGAGCUUUGUCCAAGCUGCGUGUCAUUUACCCAGCCACUCACAAGAAAACUCUCGUUCGUCUCUCGUCAGUCUUGGAGUGUAUAAAAAAAGUGUAUAACUUUCCUAUAGCAAAGGAGCAACUACAAUUAGACAACUUGCCUCUGUUUGUGAACAAAGCCAUUCGACAAUCAACUGAAGAUUGGUUUGAGAGGCAAGAGGCAAUGGUUGAGCCACAAGUGAAGACACCAGAUGCCGAGGUGAAGGCUUUUGUUAGUCUGGCAUCGGACGUUGUAUUGGACCUGUACCAAACGGUCAAGAUCUACAGCAACAUGUUUCAAUCAGUCGACGUGGACAUAGUGGCGCUGGUUUUCGAGCAUCUCGACUUGUUGUUGUCUCCAAGGAUAGAAGAGAGAAUGAAGGAUUUCCACCGAGCACUCCAGGAACUGGACAUCACUUCAGAUGAAUUCAAGACACUCAGUACGGCGAGCUUCGAACUGUAUCUUGCACUGAAAGACAUCUACAAAUACAAAUCAGAAUUACCUACAGGAGUUGCAUCCAAAGUCGAGUUGUUCACGAAAUUGCACAUCUGGUUUAAACCUCUGGUUGCUCGUUGGGUGGAGCUGGCGAAAGUGAAAACUGUGAAUCGAAUAAACAGAGCAAUUGAAUUGGACAAGGUGGAACGUGUGUCUGAGAGAGUCAUGUACUCGACGUCAGCCGUUGACACUGUCCAGUGUCUGCUGCAGUUGUGUGAAUUCUGGAAGAGACUUGAUUGGCCAUUUCCCAGUUUAGCAUAUACAUUUGUUUUUCAGUUGACUGAGGUUAUCUGUGAUGCGGCCAUUCACUAUGGCAAUUGCCUGCAAACGAUUUUGGAUAAAUCGGGUUACUAUGACGAUGAAGGUCAAUUUGACGUGACAGAACAGCUGUGCGUUACCUUGAAUGACAUUCAAUAUGUUCGCGAAUCUCUGCAUGGAAUGUCCGACUAUCUCGGUUGGGAUAAAGUCCUUGACGGUCUCACACAAGAGAACAGCCCGGAAGCUGUGGAACACAGUCGUGAGAGUCUCUAUCGCUUUGUGAAGGACACCAAUGACGUCCUUAGUGGCAGAUGUGACGACAUCGUCAAAAACAUAGGAAAGAAAAUGGGAGUUGAUAUUGACGGAUACGUACAGCCACUUAUUACUGACACUGAGACUGUGGCUGUUGAAGAAAGCAUCACUGGCUUGAUGGAUUAUCUCGCCAGCAAUCUGCAAACACUUAGCAAUAAUCUGUUCAGCGAUAUUUUCAAAUUGAUUUUGUUAGAGAUUUACGAAGUUUGUAUUGGGAAGAUUAGAGAGAUGGUUAUCGACAAGGACAAUCUUACUCCGGCUGUUUGUGAUCGUGUGGUCAAGGCUCUUGAAAUAAUGGUGGCAUUUUUUCAUAGCAAGGGACGCGGUCUCUCACUUGAAGCAAUGGAAACUGUUAAACUUAAAGAACUGAAUCAUAUGCUCAACUUGAGGAGAAAGGAAACAUCUGAUUUAGUGGCACGAUACAUGCUCGAACUUGCUGCAGAUCAGGAUCAAAAGAGGACAGUCGACCGAGGAAUUAUAACAGUGCAGAUGGGUUUUGUUGUGAACGACAAGAAGCUGUGUGUGAACGUCCUGAAUGGUCGUAACAUGCCGAUCAUGGAUCCUACAGGAUCCUCCGACCCACUGGUGACUCUGGAACCAUUCCCUCAUCACCUCUUUUCAAGUAAAUCGUGUGUUGUACAGAAGACUGCAGUACAAAAGAAGACAACAAUGCCGCUAUUUGAUGAGACAUUCUACAUUCAGUGUGAACCAAGUACUUUGGAUGCCGAAGGUGCUGCGAUUCUGUUCACUUGCUAUGACUGGGAUCGAUUUACCAAGGAUGAUCUGAUUGGAGAAGCUGUCUGCCUGUUGAGUGAUGCCGAGAGAGUGGACAGUGCGUCAGAUGUCAACCAUGCCAGACAGAUAAUGUUGCCACUGUCUCUUCCUUCUGUGCCCAAAGACCGUCAAAGUGUGUAUCACAUACUGAACAGUAGAAAGUGGGACAAGAAUGCUGUGAAGUUUAUUGAGAUGAGACAAAAGAUUUUUAAACUGGCUUCAGUCGAGCAGAACUAGGAUUCAGAUGUUGAGGUAAUUGCUCUAUUUUACAGCUUGCUACACACUUCCUUUAUAACUUUGGUUUUUGAUAUUAUCAGUUUCAUGA